UAAAGAAACUACAGGAUCGCCAACAAAACCUUUUAUGUCCUCGACUCUACUUAUCCGCCGAGUAAUUCCUUCAUCACACCUGAUUCAUUUUGUAAAUUCAGCUGAACACGCCCUUACAUGUGCCUUACAUAUGGCAAAAGAGGUUAGGGCUAAAAUCAGUUUUAAGUUUUUUUACUCACAAUCAGUUACGUGCCAAUAAGGAAUCGUAAUCAAGACACGUCAAUAAAUACGCAAUUAUCGAUUUAUUACGAUGCGGUUAUACAGUGAAGGCGGUGAUUUUAUUCCGGAGCAUUUCGAUAUCCUCCAAUUCUACGGUGAGACUUUAUUGUUCGCUUGGCAUGCGAACAAAUUGAAAGUAUGGAACUACGACGAUGCGGCAGGCGAUUCGACCCCACGGACGAUAUUGGUUCCGGGAAAAGUUGAAUGCGUUCAAAGUUUUAACGAAAGAAUUUUCGUCACAUGUAGCACGUCGGGUGUUUACAAAUUGGCGAAAAAUUAUCAGUUCGCUGUACUGAGCAAAUCUGCGAUCGGUAUCGGCGCGAAAUUUUAUCAGGUGUUCAGACUGGAGGAAGGCUACAUAUACUUGAUCGACAAACAAGAGAAAACGUCCAAGCUCCUACUGAAGCAUAAACCGAAAGAGGGCGUCACGACACGUUUUGUAGGACUCGGAGAUAAAGUCGAUAAAGAUUUGCUGGCCGUCAUGCUAGAAGAAUCCGUUGGAGAUAGCGAGAUAUGCAUAUUCAGCAACGGGUAUGAGAUUUAUAAAAUCGCUCAAAACUCGGUGAAAAUUCUGUACAGCUCCUCUAGCCCUAUCGUCGAUGUCGUGAAAAUUGAGAAAAACGAAAAAGUCACAUCUCUACUGUACGUGACGAAGAAAAGCGCUGUUAUUCUUAUGUAUGCUAAGGACAACGAGCUUCGUUUCGAAAAAGUCAAAGUUAAUAACGAGGUUAAAACAGCGUAUGCCAUCAUGGACGAAGUUUCAGAAAACGUCGUGUGGAUCAUUUAUUCCGACGGUACGAAGACUUACAAGAUUCGUAAAGUCCUGGAUAAUGAUAAUCUCAAGAGCGUCGAGUUGAGUGAAAAGAAUAUUACCUGCCUAUGCAGUCACGGUUCUAAAAUUCUAGGACUAACUUCAAGCGGUGAGUUGGUAACAGUGGAAGCAAGAUUGGAUGAAAAAUUUAACAAUACGGAUGACAGAGAUAACUUCUUUAACCUGAAACCUGAAAUGCUUGAAGAAAUCAAUUCGAUCGUCGAUGAGACUUGCAGAAAAGUUAAAGAGCUGCAAUCGAUCGACGAUAAGUUACUCGAGCAACAGAAUGUCCUGAAAAGAAUCAGCAUGUCUACUUGUGAACCGAAUAUUUUAGUCCCGAAACUGCGUGUGGAAAAAAGGGCGAAACAAACAGUUCUGAACUGUGAAUUCGGACAAUCUAUGCCAGAGAAAUGUCUAUUUUCAUUAUCGGUGAAAUGUUGCGGGCGGAAAAUAUUUGUUACGAAACAAGUCGCUGAAAAUGAAAAGCAAUUCGAACUCUCUGUUCCGGAUUCUAUGCUCGAUCAUGAGUUGGAUGUUACCACUGAUUUGAUCACCUUGGCGGAAGAAGGCUCAUCUUGGUGCCUGAUUAAAAAUUGCGUCAAGGACACAGCGGGCCAUCAGCCAGAGUCACAAAUAUCUGAACGCAAGAUCAACUUUCUUAAAGCAAGGCUGACUGCACUGCAAAACCUGAAAGUUGAAAACAACCUAGACAUCGCGAAAUUAAAUUCUAUAAUAAAUGGUGUGAGAAAGGAAUUUAAUGUCGCUUGAAAUAAUAAUUUUUUUCACUCUUAUUAUUUAACUAAAUGUUUAUAUUACACACAUAACCGAAUGUCAAUAAAUGAGAUCUUUUUAUACUCAAUAAACA